CUCGUGCGCGACAGCGAACCGCGUAUUUGUCCGCCGUAUAGGCCGGAGGUCUGCAAAAUGACUCCGGUGUGGCGAUAAAAAUGGGGAACAGCCGGGACCCCGGUGGUUUGGGGUGGACACAACAACUGGACGGCGAUCGCCAAGGAGGUUAACGCGAGGAAGAUGCGUCGUUUCAAACAGAUUUAAUGGCUUGAUGCAUUUUAUUUUAACUAAUUGCCUCAAAAAACUACUGGAUAGCGUUUUAUCCGCCUAUAUAUCCAUCAUUAAUCCACUUCCAUGGCGUUAUUAUCGACCCACACAGGUCACCCAGACCCAGAACUAAAUCAGGCUGACCGGAUUUAAGCCGAUUAAGCUGUGGUAUUCCCGGCGAUGUCCGCGUCCUGCCUCGACCUGCGCAGCGCGAUUUCAGCACCACCGCAGCUGGACAGCGACCGUAUGGAACACACGAGCCGCCCGCUACCGCGUGCCGCGCCCGGUGGCCUCGGUAUGGCUCUGGAGGAAGAGCUCGCAAUACUGACCGGAGAACGGGACGAGGAUGUACAGGUAUCCGCUUUGGAGACACCUGUAAGCGGACAAGACUCUAAUCUGCUGUCGCUGUUCCGACAGAAAGAGAAAGACCUGGUCAUCGCUGCUAAACUGGGCAAAGCUCUACUUGAAAGAAACCAAGACCUCACAAAGCAAUAUGAAAAAAUGACCAAGGAUUUAAAUGACAAACUUGAGCUCCUGGAGCAGGAGAAACACGAGCUGAGACGUCGUCUGGAGAGACGUGAGGGUGAAUGGGAAGGUCGGGUGGCAGAACUGGAAACGGAUUUACAACACCUGCAGAGGGAGCUUGAGAAACAACAGGUGCAGCUGCGUGAGGCAGACCGCGAUAAGAGCCGCGCCAUCAGCGAGCUGUCCGAACAGAACCAUCGGCUCCUGGAGCAGCUCAACAGGGCUGCUGAAGUGGAGAAGCAGUUAUCAACUCAGGUUCACUCUUUACAAGAAGAUUUCAGAGAAAAAAGCAUCUCUACCAACCAGCACAUGACUCGCCUUGAGACCCUGCAGGCCGAGCAAGGCCUUGAAAUAAAAAUGUUGUCUGAACGUAAGCUGGAACUGGAGCAGCGGGUGAACGCAAUACUGCAGGAGAACGAACAACUACAACACGCGGCGGAUGAGCUGAGAGAGAGAGCGAUGAUGAUGGAGAGACAGUGUCAAGAGAAAGAUCUACAGCUGCAGCAAAAUCAGUCAGAGUUACAGGAGGUGCGGGCGUCUCACAGACAGCUGAGUGUUCGACUGGAGGAGAUGACGGAGGAACGAAAUCUUCAUGGCUUCACUUCCAACCCACACAGUCUCAUGUGUGAGAUCGAGCAGAGUAUGGAGCAGGAGGAGUUGGAGCAGGAGAGAGAACAGCUUCGAAUACAGCUGUGGGAGGCUUACUGUCAAGUGCGCUCCAUCUGCUCACACCUGAGAGGAAAUGACAUCACAGACUCCGCCUUGUCCACAGACUCAUCUAUGGACGAGUCUUCCGAGACGCUAUCGGCUAAAGACGUCCCCAUAGGUAGUUUACAUGCGAGUCUGCUGGAGCUGCGCAGACUUACACAAAACCUUCUGGACGGCAACGAGUCUACGGGUUCUCGUCGCAGUGAUGAGGAGGUUCUGGAGGAGCAGGUUCGUAAACUCGGAGAAGAACUUCGAGAACUCCGAGAACUGUAUGAAGAACAGCAGGAGAAAACACGCAGUAGUCAGGAGGAGAUAGUGGAGCUUCAUAAUCAGGUGGCGCUGCUCUCUGUGGAGGUUUCUUCUUCAAGAGACGAGAAUGAGAGGUUGAAACUGAUGGCGGAGGUUCAUGAACCCAAUGAACAGUUACAAAGCGCGAUUCGAGACAGAGAUGAAGCCAUCUCUAAAAAGAAAGCGGUUGAAAUGGAGCUGGCAAAGUGUAAGAUAGACAUCAUGUCACUGAACAGUCAGCUGCUGGAUGCCAUACAGCAGAAAGUCAACCUGUCUCAGCAGUUAGAAGCCUGGCAGGAUGAUAUGCACAGAGUUAUCGAUCAACAGCUGAUGGAUAAACAUCAGGACGAGUGGAGAAGUUCUCCAUUUUCCUUCAAUGGAUCACAAGGAGCAGGAGCUUCCAGAAGAUCCCAUCGCCUCUCGGAUGGAGACAAGCGCCUCUUUUCAUUCUUCAAAAAGAACUGAGAUGGAAAGAAAGACUAAAUCACUAUAAUCAUUAUAAACCAGUCUUUCGACGGCUCUGAGCCAUUUUGCACUUUAUCUGUACUCACGAUCCUCAGUCAGAAAGUUUUAGGAGAUGCAAAGUGAAAUCCUCCGGCAUUUCGAGGUCUGGUCAUAAUCCUUCAGUUUGAUAGGGUAAAGCUCUCAGUUUAACAGGGUUUCCUAUCAGAGAUCUGUUUUCCCUGCGAGUGCCUCAGAAAGCAUCGCCUCACCUCACUGCCAGAGAUUCAACACAGAGGCACAUACAUAAAAAAAACACUGGAUUCACUAGAGACUAAACUCAGGCUGAACUAGAUGACUAAAGGGUUUAAAAGAAAGAUUUUAAGAAAGGUCCAAAUGGAAUCUGUAUGGUGGAAUGAAUGUAAACAUGGUAAAAUGCAGAGUUUUAUAUUCGUAUUGAUAGCAUUAAAGGCACAAUAUGUAGGAUUUUCACCAUUAGAGGUCGCUAUUUCGCAAUAACGGCUUGGUGACGCUUAAUGAGGUUAUAAAGGAGAUGAUGUUUUCACCAUCCAGAGACGUAUGGAAUUCGCUAAUCAUGUUCAUGGAUGAGGUAAUGAAUGUUUUUAUUAGCUGUACGUUUCAUCACAUUAUUUUAUGCCACUGUAAUGAAUUAUCUGCAAGGCGCAACCAACCCAUUCGUAUGACGCGUGUAUAAAUAGCACGCCGUUUGAAAAUUCGUACAAACUUACUUAAUGCAACGUGUCUUUUCGUAUCGUUUUAUGUAUGGUUUUUUUAUUUUUUUUACUAUUAUUGUCGCUUGGGGUUGGAACAACUUUCUGUUACAUAAAAUGACCCAAACCUUAAUUCUAACCCCAACUCUAAGCGACCAUGGUUUAAAAAUAGACAAAAACAUGGAGAAACCUAUAUAUUAAAUUACAUCCUAACCCAAAUCUAAUCCCAAAAGCGAUUUGGAAUAAAAAUAGAAAAAUUAAUUGAGAAACCAAUAUAUAAAAGACAUGAAAAGAUGCGUCAUAUUAAAUGAUAGGGGUGUCACGAUUCUUUAAAUCCUCGAUUCGAGUCUGAUUCGACAUUUUUGAUUCUAAGGUCAUGAUUCGAUUUGAAUGUGCUAUGGCAUUAUUUAUUAUUAUUAUUAUUAUUAUUAUUAUAGUUUCACAUUAAAAUGCACAUUGCGUGUUUUUCCUCGCAUGGGGGUUUGUGUGAUUUACUUUACGCAAGAAAGCUUGUAGGAUUCCUUCUUGCACGCACAUGGACUUAAUGCGCGCGUCUUGGACUCCUAACAUCUGAAAUAAAUCCGGCGCUUCAUAAGCAGCUGCGGUUCUCUCUGUCUCACGUGCACGCGCUCUCGCAUCUGAUUCUAUGCGAAGUCUAAACAUAAACUAAAGUAGUAAUCCUUACGUAUUUGUUCAGUUUUAUGCGUUUCAUGCGAGCUGAGGCAGACUAUCCCUUUUGUUUAAAAUAUAAACACUCUCGUCCAUGUGCAGAGACCUGCGCUCUGUCCAAAGUCAGAUCACUAGGUAGCAAUCCUGUUUAUGAUAUGCAUUUCAAGGAGUUGUAGCAAUACAUCCCUCGUGUUUAAAAUAUAAAUCUCUGAGAGUUUUCCCCCCCGCUUGGCAAGCCGACUGGAUGUGACAUGAGGGCGUGGCAGCAUCGACGAUCCCAUUUUUUAAUUCGAAGUUCGAGGGUGUGACUUAAAUCGUGACAGCCUUAUUAAGUGAAGUAAAGUACAUUUUUCCGAAGACAAACACUUAGAUAAAGCACAGAUGAUUGGAAAAUGUAACUAAAAUACUUAAGUGGUGUCCAUCUCUGCUGAUUGGUUAAUGCGGCGCAAUUUUCCGCAAAAGUUCAGAUUUUUCAACUCGUGCGUUUCCAGCGGCAACGCUCAAUUCGCGUCAUUCGCGUGUCAUUAACUUAACAUUGAAAUAAUUCGUGCCAGACGCUCAAUUCGCGUUUGGUGUGAACGCAGCAUUAGAUGCUGUAUAACCCUCACUUCUGCAUUUGUCCACUUGUGUUGCUAAAGUUUCUACAACCUAAAAACUGAGGAUCGCACGGAUAUUAAGUCACUAAAAGAGCGACAAUUACAAGGGAGAGAAUGGACAAGCCAUUAUUUAAAAUAGGAAUUUCUCUGUAUUUACAAAUCCUUGGGAACUUUUGGGAUAAUAUAAGUACACAAAAAAAUAUAUCACACUCUGCAAGUGAUUUUUGUAUAUUUUAUUACAAAAUCGUACAUAUUGUGGCUUUAAAAUUAGAGAUGCACUAAUAUAUGUAUAAGGAUUUCAGAUUUGAAGUUAAAAGCAAAACUAGCGGUAUCUAUGUCAUUUUAAGUUAUUGAGGAUUGGUAUCCGCACAGAAAUUGUGUAUCGGUGCAUCCCUAAAAUCUUUAAAAUAAAACCACACAUUGGUGGGCAAUGUUGUGGAAAUCAUUAGCAAGAUCUGCGGGCACAGAUUUCAUGUGGGCCUGUUAGUAGAUGAUAGGAAAAGUCAGAAACCAGCUAAUAAAAAUGCUGCUCUUCAGUUCAUUCACAGCUUCAGUUCUGCACAUCAGGACAUAAACCGGUAGGCUAUACUUCAUUUACUUACCAUACUGCAAAAAAUUAUUUUCAAGAAAAAAAAUUCUUAGCAUUUUUGUCUUGUUUUCG